GAGGCCACUGGAGGCUCCGACUACCGGUCAGACUCGACUCCUUCACCGAUCUCGCUCACGGACAUGCAUAUACGCGAGCCUGCUGCAGUCUCCUCAGGCCACAUCAUCAAGAAUCUAGCUGCCCCAAAACCUUAUGAUCACAAACAGCGAACUCUAGGAAUUGGCUUCAACGUCUCUUCCGAACACAAGAAGAGAACCAGUAGCAGACGGUCCGAGAAUCGGUGUCGGGACCACGGAUGCAAUGGCAAGAGGUUUUCCACGAAUAGUAAUCUGCGAAGGCACCAAAGGGAAAAGUCGGGCAUGAAUACGAAGGUCGCCUGCCUCCAAUGUGGAAAGGAGUUCACAAGGAGCACUGCUCUUCGCAAACAUCCUUGCAUUACGGAUGCGACAAGAGAAGACAAUCGACUUGACGCCGUGUAAACCAAGAUGCUCAUUCUCACGAGUGGCUCGACCAGCGCAUCGUAAACCACUCUCCUAUCUGGUAUAAGUUAUACACGAACAAAAUCUUAGGGUUUCCCAGCUGUGUUUGUUGCCAAUACAUCCAAUCUCUCCUGUUUGACC